CCACGGCCGAUGUAUGGGCCAAGUACUGGUGGUUUAAGGACCUUGCUCCACUUGAGACUUGAGCUCUGGUGUUUAUGGGCCUGGAACAUGAAGAGGAGGAGGAGAAGGGAGAGGAGGAGAAGGCGGCAGAGAUGGAGGAGGAGAACGAGGAGGAAGAGAUAGAGGACAAGGCAGAGAGGAAGGAGCAGAAGGACUCAGAAAUGAAGGAGAAAGGAGAGGAAGAGGAGUCAACGGCCCGCAACAGGAGGCGGGAGGAGGGGGAGAAGGAAUGGGAAGAAGGAAGAGGAGGAAGCACAAAUGGAGGAGGAAGAGGGAACAGAAGGGAGGAGGCAGGGAUGGAGGAGGAGGAGAACAAAGAGGAAGAGAAGCAGAACAAGGAGUGAAAGGCUGGCAACAGGACGGAGGAGGAGGAGGAGGAAGCGGAGAAACAGGAGUACCAGUAGUAAAGGGGCUCACAACAU